CUCAGUUGCCAGGGUCCGUGGGUUGCCCUUCUGUAGCUCUAUUUCGACUGUCACUGAUAGUUAUCCACGCGCGCCUCAGUAUGCUAGGCAAAUUAAUAGGACAGAAAUACAUCGCUAUCGCCAAAUCAUGGGUCCCCACACUAGCAGUAUGGGGAACGGUGGGAGGGGUAGCCUUGGUCCACUUCACAGACUGGAGGUUGAUCCUGGAUUACGUUCCAUAUGUUAACGGCAAAUUCAAGAAAGAUGAAUAGUUUCAAACAGGUCUCAUUUGGUCAGUCCACUCAGUCGAGCACAGACUGAACUUCAGAUCAAUCAUCACAGCCGGAGAUGACACAGACACACACUGGACACCACCUCACACCAUCAUACUGGACUCUUAUUUCAUCAGAGCUAAUGAACAACAACAAUAUAUUUGUUCUUAACAGUAGAAGAGUUCGUCUUUGGUUAAUUUUGACUUUGAUCAUGUCAGUGGUGCUGAUUGUGAAUGCAGAAGUCAGUGACGUGAGCAUUCACUCCUGUAUUCAUUUUGCUCCUCAUCUGAAAGAAGCUUCCUGUGAACGUGAUUAAUCCUUUGUAAUGGUUGUUUAAAUGUAUUUGUGAACUCUGUAGCAAUGCAGAAUCCAAAUACUUCACAGCUGCCAAAAUGCUAAUGUACGGUCUGACGCAUCACUCCAGCUGUAGCAGAACUGUAUUGCAUUCACACUGUAGGAAAAUUCAGAAUGUUUCACCAUGUCAUUAUAUUCGGCUGAUGUAACUGUGAAACGACAAAUCAAGUCAUGAUUGGUCUGUAAUGGAAUGGGUGUCAGUGAGUGUUUGUGAUCUUGGAGGAAAGGACCAGCCACUCUGUCUCUCUGUUUAAACCCGGAUGUAAGAUGGAAAUGAUGGAUUUGCUGACCAAGGCAUACCUUAUUGUCAUAUAUUCUCUUUCUCAUUGUGUCCUGCUAUCUGCCGUGUCCCUUAUUUUCCUGUAAAUGAUCGUCUUUGUCUAUAAAUAAAAAUGAAAUAUGUUU